AACGUCUAUUUUCAUUUUCAUGGCUGACAAACACUUUGUUUUUUUCAAGAUCUUGAUUGUUAAUUUCUCCUUUGGCGUAUUAAUUUUUGUUGAAGUAAUGUAUCUUCUCAAAUUUUGAAAUCUACUGAAAAUUUGUAACUGCAAUUGUUAAACAUCGUUUCGACCAAACCCAAAAUGGGUAAAUUUCGCAAGAAAAUUGACUGUGACCCAUCAACUGCAGCAGGUGUGUCACUUUGAAUCGGGAAAAAUGAUCCCUGGCUAGAUUUCAAAUCUAAGCCAUUUCGGAAUUAAUUGGAAAAUUAUGUCAGACGUGACUAUGGACUAUAGUGGUGAUGCAUCGCAAGCCGAUGAGGCUGCUCAAAGCCCUGAAACUUGUGUGCCCAAAUCACCAAGUUCACCGUCAUCACACAGCAGAAUCAAGUCAGAGGAUAACAGUGACUUUGAAAGCAAGCCCAAAGCCCCUGAAGGGGGAAGACUCCAAUUUUACUUUGAUGGGAAAAUAGUAUUAGAGUUGAACGAUCGGCGGGAAAACGGCAAAACAUGGUGGGUUCCAGUGACUCAAAAAACAUACUGGCCACCUCCACCGCCCUCGUGCUCAACACCGGGUAGCACUGUGCGUCAGGAAAGCAGUGCAUCUUUCAGUGUAAGUGACGAAUCGUCAGUUCAAUCUCAGUCGUCACCUUGGCUACGAGAAACACGUUGGAAGAACCCCAACCCGACGAAAAAACGGACGCCUAGUGAUGUAGAGGGCUUUGUGUUUGCCAUUAAGAGCCGUGAACGAUGUCGAUACCAGUGGAUUCAACGGCGAAGACCUUUUCGCUUGACGGAGCAGUGUCACUUGGGGCCCAAUUCCGAGUGUGGCCAAUGCAAAGUUCAAUGGAAGAAAAAAGGUUUGGCUCGACCGAGCGUGGCUGCUAUCGCCCCACGUCUUCUGGAGAAGGCACUUUCGAAGAAAAUGAUGGCCACCGCGGUGCCAAUAGAGCGUAUGGAAACGCUGGUUUCGCCCAGAAAGCGUCUCUUGCGCGACAUGGAGAAAGUUCGGCUCAACGACAAGUCCUCCCACUCAUCUUCCAACGUUUUGAAGAAAGCCAAAGCCCUGAUGCCAGCUACGCCUUUGCCGACUCAUUCGGCCGCCGCGAUGGCUGCAGCUGCAGCGGCCGCUAUGGCCCAUUCACUCCAGCCAAGCAAAGUCUACGAUCGCCAAAGCAGCUACAGCAUUGACUCUUUGCUCAACAAGGAGCGACAGGAGGAAGCCGCAGCAGCGUCAUGUAGUUCAUCCUUCCUUCGCUCUCUAUUACGUAAAGCUCCUCAACCAGCCCCCAACGUCCCGACGGUCGUCAAUGGAGUCAGGAACAAGAGCUUGGUGUCCCAUCAACGACCUCGAGAUGUGACCGUUUCGUCUGUUGGUGGUUCACGUCCUCUUCAACCACCUGUGUGGCUGCCUUACCCAACGCCGUUUCCUCCUCCUCCAAACUCUAUGACUCCGGGAUCUUCGGCAACUCUGGCAGCUCGACCUGGACCUAGUUCUUCUUCUCGGAGAGAAACCCUCGGUGAUCGGUCAUCGAGGGUACCCACGCCGUCUGAUUAUGAUGGCGACGACGAUGUCCCGCUCAAUUUGACCAUUAGACGAGCUAGAGAGCACUCCUAACCUUUCUAUCAAAGAAAAGAUUUACUUCUCAACCGUUCAAAACAGUCGUUUUUUUUUGUUUUAAAUGGAAUCUUGUCCGGUAAAAAGCUGUAAAAAAAAUUUUUGUUUGCUCUCUAAAAAUAAAUCCCAGCCCCUUUUAAACCUUAAUGCAAAAAAAAAAAAAAACAGAAAAAAAAUAGAAAAAUGCUCUUGUUACAUCGACCAGGGAAUCUCGUUUGUACUCUGCCUUCCCCCCUCCUCCGUUUAAUGGUGGUGUAGUGACAAGUUAUGUGUGUUGUCGAAAUAUUUUCCGACAUGUAGACCAAAAUGAACUGACCCAGUGACGCUGUGUAAAAGAGACGCAACUGGGGAGUUUUAACCUAAACAUGAAAGUGCCUCGGCCGUCUCACAUCUUAUACGUUCUUUAUUUGAGUACGUGAUUCACGGAUGUUGACACGGUACCUUCCAUGUCGCCCAAAGACUCAUCCACAGCCUCUUUAUUGUUCUUUUGGAGUGUCUGAAUUUUGUCGGUAGCUUCUCUUGUCUCGUUAGCUGAAACUCCCUCCCCCGUGCCAUGUUUUUUUUUGUAACGUAAAAGAACAACGCCAAGAUCUUUGGCCAUUUUUUUUUUUGAAAUUCAUCCUCAGAUUCGCUUAAUUUCGUUGUAACAUAAAUGUGUCUUGUGUGUGUGUUGCCUGUCGCGCGUUGUUUUUCUUUUCAUUAUUAAUAUUAUUUCUCGAUAUUGGUGGAAUAUUCAUUGUCGGUCUGUA